CGGCGGCGGCGGCGCGGGAGGGGCCGGGGGUGGACAAAGCCGAGGCCGAUGAAUGGGGCGCGUACGCCUCCGCGGCCGUGGGGUCCCCGCGGAUUUUAUUCUUAAAUAAAUGCUCAGCCUCAGGCCUGGUUAGGCAGACAUCAGAAGAAGGCAGAUCGCAGGCCCCUCAUCCGUGGGAGCAGUGGGAUGGCCCAGGGAGGCAGAGACUCCAAGAAGAUGACGCAGAAGGAGCACCGUGCCAUCGAGUCAUCAGCGUUCCCGCGUCUGAGACCAGCAGGUCCACCCCACGUGAGCACACGUCUGCCCCGAGAUGCAUUUAGCAGGAGAACUCCGGGAGCACUACGGUCUGCACCGUGAGGGGACACGCUCAUGAGUUUGUCCGUCCACUGCUCAGUGAGAUUCAUGCUUAUCCAUAUUCGUAAACAUCCCAAGAGAUAAGAGUUCUUUGGCCAGAACUGAAUAGUUAUGGUCAGUCAUGGAGAACCGCUGGGAGCCUCGUCCCCAAGGGGCAGGUGAUUCGGAGAAUACAAACUUGAAAAUAGAGGAAGAUGACCCUCAAACCCCUAGUCACAGUGUGGAGAGAAUGGACUUUGGAAGUGAGCCGGAGGACGGGAGGCAGGCGGGCCGCAGCGAGGAGCCGGCGGCGGGCGGUGCGGAGGGCUGUGCGGGCCAACCCCCCGGGCGGGGCGCCUCCCCCGAGCCUGAGGACGACUACGGGGCGCUGCUGGCGCAGUACGGCAGCACCCUCUACAGCGUGGCCAUGGAGGCCGUGACGCAGAGCCUGCUCUCCGGCCGCAGCCUGGGCUCCAGGAAGAAGUCCCCGGCCUGGAAGCACUUUUUCAUCUCGCCGCGGGACAGCACCAAGGCCGUGUGCACCUACUGCAUGAAGGAGUUCAGCCGCGGCAAGAACGAGAAGGACCUGAGCACCAGCUGCCUGAUGCGGCACGUGCGGAGGGCGCACCCCACCGCGCGCGGGGUCCCCGCCCCGGCGCCACGCCCCGCUCCCACGCCCACCGACCCCGAGGGCCCAUGCCCCGGCUUCUCAACGGGCCCGCUGGUCCCCCGGGCAGCCUCCAAGGGCUCGGCUCCCCUCCAGCUGAAGGAGGAAGCCAGCUCUGCAGUUUCUUCCGAGGAGGCUGCCUCCGAUAAGCUGGCCUCGGAGAAGUAUGGCCGGGACGAGCGCCCUCCGGGGCAGCCCCCGCACGCGCCCCCGCUGCACUGCCGCGAGCCUGCGGAGAACGGAGCGGAGAAGAACCCGCCGCUGCCGCGGAGCGCGUGCGGGUCCCGCCGCAGGUCGGCCGUCUGGAAGCACUUCUACCUGUCGCCGCUGGACAGCUCCAAGGCCGUGUGCAUCCACUGCAUGAACGAGUUCAGCCGCGGCAAGAACGGGAAGGACCUGGGCACCAGCUGCCUCAUCAGGCACAUGUGGCGGGCGCACCGUGCCAUCGUGCUGCGGGAGAGCGGCGGGGGCCCUGGCGCACAGCCUCCCGGCCCCGCGCCGCCGCCCCUGGGGCCCGCCCGGCCGCCUCCAGACACGGAGCCCGGCCCCCUGCCGGCGUCUCCGGGGAGGGCGCUCCAGGACCCCGCCUCCGCAGCCUCCUCCCCCGACAGGCCGGCGGAGGAGCCGCCCUCGAUCUGGGGCCCUGGCGGCGCGCCGUCCCCCUCCUCUGACGCGGGUGAGGCCUCCUGGGGGUCGUCUCCUGAGACGCAGCCGGGCGGUGCGCCGAGCCCGCGGCUGCGGGAGCCGGGCGCCGUGUUCCAGCAGAACAAGAGGGUGAUGAAGAGGCUGAAGUCGGAGGUGUGGCAUCACUUCUCGCUGGCGCCCACGGACAGCCUCAAGGCCGUGUGCAGGCACUGUGGCUGCGCCAUCAGCCGCGGGAAGCGGGGCGACGUGGGCACCAGCUGCCUCAUGCGGCACCUCUACAGGCGCCACCCCGAGGUGUCAGGGGGCCAGAAGGGCUUCCUGGGGGCCGGCCUGGCCGGCUCACCCUACGCCACCCUGGCUUCCGCCGAAACGUCCUCCCGGUUGACGGACCUGCCGACCAUGGUCGCCAAAAACCAUCAAGCUGUGUUUCCCGUCAACAGCAAGAAGACCUCCAAGCUGUGGAACCAUUUUUCUAUCUGCUCGGCAGACCCCACGAAGGUGGUGUGUCUGCACUGCGGCCGGACCAUCAGCCGGGGCAAGAAGCCGACGAACCUGGGCACCAGCUGUCUCCUGCGGCACCUGCAGCGCUUCCACGGCGGCGCGCUGAAGCCCGAGGGCGCCUGGGCCGCCCCGCCCUCCUCGCCCGGCGGCCAGGCGCCCCUGGGCCCGCCUUCCGUAGGCGCCGCCGCCUCUGACGACGGCAGCGAGAAGUUUCACGAUUCUCACCCGGUUGCUAAGAAAAUCACGAGUCUCAUUGCUGAGAUGAUCGCCCUUGACCUCCAGCCGUGCUCGCUGGUGGACAACGUCGGCUUCAACAGGCUGCUGGCGUACUUGAAACCUCAGUACUCCCUGCCCUCGCCGGCCUACUUCUCCAGGACGGCCAUCCCGGGCAUGUACGAGGACGUGAAGCACGUUAUCAUGGCCCACCUGCAGGAAGCCGAGAGCGGCGUGGUCCACUUCACGUCGGGCAUCUGGAUGAGCAGCCAGACGCGGGAGUACCUGACCCUCACGGCCCACUGGGUCACCUUCGAGCCCUCGGCCCGGCCGCACUGCGAGGACCACCACUGCUCAGCGCUGCUGGACGUAUCGCAGGUGGACUGUGACUGCAGCAGCAGCAGCAUCCAGGAGCAGCUGGAGUGUUGGUGGGAGGCCUGGGUGACGUCCAGUGGCCUGCAGGUGGGCAUCACCGUCACCGACAACCCCAGCAUCGGGAAGACGCUGAACGAGGGGGCGCGCUCCAGCGUGCCGUGCUUCAGCCACACGGUCAACCUCAUUGUCAGCGAGGCCAUCAAGAGCCAGAGGAUGGUCCAGAACCUGCUGAGCACUGCCCGGAAGAUCUGCGAGCGGGUGCAGCGCUCGCCCCGCGCCAAGGCCAAGCUGGCGGAGCUGCAGCGGGAGUACGGGCUGCCGCCCCACCACCUGCUGCAGGACGUGCCGUCCAAGUGGAGCACGUCCUUCCACAUGCUGGAGCGGCUGCUCGAGCAGAAGCGGGCGGUGAACGCGCUGUCCGUCGAGUGCGACUUCCGGGAGCUGCUGAGCUGCGACCAGUGGGAGGUGAUGCAGUCCGUGUGCCACGCCCUGACGCCCUUCGCUGCCGCCAGCCGGGAGAUGAGCGCGCACGUGUCCACACUGAGCCAGGUCAUCCCCAUGAUCCACAUCCUCAGCCGCAGGGUGGAGAUGCUGUUCCAGGAGACCACGGGCAUCGACGCCAUGCUCCGCACCCUCAGGGAGGCCAUGGUGAGCCGCCUGUCCGCCUCGCUGCACGACCCCAGGUACGUGCUGGCCACCCUGCUGGACCCGCGCUACAAGGCCUCGCUGUUCUCCGAGGAGGAGGCAGAGCAGUACAAGCAGGACUUGAUCAGGGAGCUGGAAACGCUGGAUCCUACCUCAGAGCCCGCGCCCGUCCCCAACGGCUGCGAGCCGGGCUCCCCGCCCCGAGACUGCGCUGGCGAGGAGAGCCUCUGGGCGCUCAUGGCCAAGCUGAAGAAGAGCGAGCGCAGAGGGCAGCCCAAGGUCCCCGAGGACGUGGUGCUCGCCUACCUGGAGGAGGAGGUGCUGGAGCACAGCUGCGACCCGCUCGCCUACUGGAGCCGCAAGAGGGCCGCCUGGCCCGGCCUCUCCGCCUUGGCCGUGCGCUUCCUGGGCUGCCCCCCGAGCAUCGUCCCCUCCGAGCGGCUGUUCAGCACGCCCCCCGGGAAUGGCAGCUUCGGCCAGUCCAGGCUCCUGAUGGAGCAUUUUGAGAAACUCAUCUUUCUGAAAGUGAACCUUCCCUUAAUAUGCUUCCAGUACUGA